AUGACCCUUCCUUCGCGAGAAUUUCAGGACAAACUCAAACUUGGCAAUGCCCCUCGGAGAGAGGGCACACUUGCGGAAAAUGAGCCAACCCGACACUUGUGGAAAAGGAACUGGGGGGCUCCCAAAGCUCCGGAGAAGAAGCGCGGCCCUCCAGAGGAGGGGGUCCUGGGGACACCCCACCCAUACCCCAAGGAUAAGGACCGAGAACACGUGGGGCGACAUGAGCAGAGAAGGGGUGUCCCGGGCAGGCAGCCUGGGUCUGGCACGGCGGCCGGAAAAACGAGGACGGAGCUACCGACGGGGCAGGGAACCGAGCCCUCGGAGCCCCGAGGGGGAAGGCAAAGGGCGCGGGCAGAGGGGCAAGGCCACGAGGAGGGCGGGUCUCCCUGGGCGCGGGGCACGCGCCGGACCAGCGCGGCGGGACCCGGGCAGCGGAGGACCCCGACACCCGGGGAGAGGCCGCGGACCUGCCUCCGGGGGCCGCGAGGAACCCGGAGCGGCCGCGCCCGGAGGAGCCCUGGUGACCCCGCGGGGCCGCCCGGACCGGACCCGCCCCGCGGCGCCUCCCUCCUGCCCCUUUCCCUCCCUCCACCCGCGCGGCCCGUUAUCCCACGGCCGCCGCACUUACCAGCGGCUGCACCUCAGCCCGCCGCCGCCUCAGCUGCUGCCUGCGCCUCCGCAGCCGCAGCCGCCGCCGCCGCCGCCUCGCUGCUGAGGCCGAGUCCCGGGGGAGCCGCCGCGUCCCGCCGCCGCCGCCGCUGCCGCCGCCGCCAAAGCCGAACACCCCAAAAUGGCGGCACUUCCGGCACCUACCACCGGCGGGGAGGGCCGACGCGGAGAGGGGAGGGCGGCUCGGGGGAACGUACCACCGCGGUGCCGCCCGCAGCGCGGAGCUGA